AACACAACCCACGGCCGUGGCAGACCAACCAGGGAAGUUCUUCAUCUCCAGGUCAGUCUCUUCAACUGAGUUUGAGCUACUUGCCAGUGUUGAUAGAAACACGUGGACUAACCACAUAUCAGAUAAUAUUUUAUUAUUUAAACUUUAUUUAAAAUCAUGGCACACAGAAGUAAUGUUUUUGUUUGUAGUUGAUUUCUUUUUUUUUUUUGUUCUUUUUUUCUUUGACGUUCAAAAUAUUGUUUUCAGAAAUGCUAAUCAAAAACAUGAAUAUCUUUGAAAGUAUAUUUUACGAUUCUAUGUUUGACUCAUAUAUUCUUUAUGUUCAUACAUUUUGGUUCUGGUUAAAUCUCAUCGUUAGCAUAGACAUAAACACAUACAAAUAGUUUGUUAAAAGUUGAAACAAUAAUGAGAUUGACAUGCAAAAAACCAUUACACACAAAGAUGAAAAAAAAAAAAAUCAACAAAUUGAAUCUUCUCUACACGUGAUGACGUUCUCUUGUGUUCCAUUCACCUCUUUUUCAAAAUUUUGAAUUCUCCAAGCUAAAAUCCAAAAUGGUCGGCGUGCGCCUCGUUUUCACCAACGCCUUUGUGGUCACAGUGCUUCUCACCCUGUUGCUGGACGUUGUCGUGAAACCUGCAGAGGGCCAAUCAUCUUGCAGUUUAUCAAGCCGACCACAUCCCCGUGGGAUUUGUGGCUCGAAUUUGGCUGGCUUCCGGGCGUUCAUAUGUUCGAACCAAAACUCACCGUCAAUGGUCAAGAGGGACGCAGAAACAGGCUGGUUACUGCCAGAAACCAUGGUCAAGAGGAACGCAGAAACAGGUGGGUUACUGUCACGCAGCCCAUAUGUCAACGUAACUGUCUCAGUUGAACACACACGCGGGAUACUUCAAAUCAAUCAAACUCUCUUAUUUAAACACAAAUAUGUGAUUGUUCCAGGUGGAAAAAGAAAUGAUUACUAUAAAACAUAUGUUCGGUAAGCAUUUAAAAAAAACAAGAAGAAUGAUGUCCCAAGUUUUAAGCUCGAUAGGACGACGGGAAGUGGGUCAGUUAGAAGUCCGGAGAUUUUGGCUUUAGCAAACACGUGAGCGCAAUCUAAGUUCAUAUUAAUGAUUUUAAAAAGGUCUUUAAACUACGUUCUUAAAUACUAAACUAUACAACCCUUUAAAAAAAAAUAAUUGUUUUUCGUAUACAUCCUUUAUAUGCAUUUUUAAAAUAGUUUUAAAUUGUAUAUCAAUAUUAUCAUGUCCCGCCAGUGUUUACACACAUAUUUAUUUCACCAACUAUUUCAGAAAGCCAAAAAGCACCUGCGAUAUUUUUAAGAAUCUGAUUUAGCUCAGUUAUCGGAAAUUUUAUUUCUUGAAAAAAGUCGCAUCAUAUUUCCUUCAUCUUCUCUUAGAAAAUCAUGAGGGGAAAAAAACCUGAUUCUUUAUAUUAUUUUUUUUGGGGGGGGGGGGGGGUUGGGAUGGUGCUGAAAUUUUGGGGAACAUAAAGCGAAGUUAAUAGGAAGGAUUUCAAAAUGACUUCUUUUUUUUUUUUUUUUGCUGUACCCCUUUUCAGAUCUGGACGACCCACUGCGUAACAUAAAGCUGAGCAGCGAGAGCGCUUUGACCUAUCUGACCAAGAGACAACGGACAACCAACUUAGUGUGUGAAUGCUGUUUUAAUUAUUGCACCCCUGAUGUGGUGCGAAAGUACUGCUAUUAAUGGAGUUUGACAAUUAAAAAAUUAUAAUUGUCUUAAUAACAAUUCUUAUAGGCCUGUAAAUAAAAAUUUAGAUUGAAA